AUGGCCCCGAUAAGCGAGAUGGGCGACAAGUCCGUAAAUGGGUCCAUGCUUACCAUCGACGGACAACAAUGGGGUUAUAGAGGGCGCUACAGGGACAGCAGAUCCACACUCAACCUUCAGUUGUCUUCUCAUGAAGAUAGCAAUGGCUGGGAAGCUCGCUACGACUCUGUCUUUAGCUUCAUGGCACGGAAAAUCUCCCCUCACUGGAAAUCUCUUAUAACCCGUUUGUUUAUCGGUAUUGGCGACAAGCAGGCCUACACCUAUACCAAACAGCUUGAGUCUGAGGUGAGUUCGACGAGGGAGAAAAUGCACGAAGGUCUGUUGGAAUGGAAACAUAGGGGCGGUGAUGCUGCAUCGCCUGGAAAACUCCUCGCCGCUCUUUACGUCCUAGAUCACCAUAAUGUGAUAGCGCUCCUCAGAAACAAAUACCCGACUGUUUUCAACAACGAAGAUGAUGAUGACGACGAUAGUGACGACGAUAGGGAAACAGAUGUGUAG